AUGCGUACGGACGGGAUCAGCGUCGGCAAGGCCGCCUGGGUCGAGCGCGGCCCCGGCGGCGUGCCGCCUGCUCCAGGCAUCACUAAAACCGAUGACGACUUUCAGCAGCUGGGCGUUGAAUUCCUCUCCUCCGCGGAUGGCAUAGAUUUGUCUGAGCUCAAUGAAUUGUUCGAAAAGGCGAGCGGCGGCGGUUGCCGUGGAGGGCAUCAGAGGGGUCCGGCAAGGGCGCCAAGUGACGUGGGGUUCCCGCGGCGCGAGCCCGCGCGGCUGCGAGUGGCCCUGGAGAACACGCACCGAAUCGUCUGGGUGCGCUCAAGCAAGCAGAGCCGCGUGGCGCGGCUGGGGCAGCUGCUGGGCUUCGCGCGGGCCACCAGUGACGGCGUAUUCAGCGCGACCAUCUGGGAUGUCGCGGUUGCGCCCGCCUGGCAGCGCAGCGGACUGGGGCGCGCCAUGAUGGAGCGGCUGACGGCGGGGCUGGUGGAGGACGGAAUACCCACCAUCACGCUGUACGCGGAGCCCAAGGUGGUGGGCAUGUACCGCAAGCUGGGCUUCAGAUCUGACGUGGAUGGCAUCAAGGGGAUGGCAUUCCAGCGAAAGGGUGGCCCCAAGGACCAGCUGCAGCGGGCGCCCGCCAGCCGGCGGUGA